CCUCCCACCAUCUACAUGCCCAAUGACAUUGACCCUUGCCUAUGUACCCAUCUCCUCUAUGCUUUUGCCACCAUGACCAAUGACUACAAAAUUGCCACAUACGAGUGGAAUGAUGUGGAACUCUACAGUCAGUUCAAUGCUCUGAAGGACAAAUUCUCAAACAUGGUGGCCACUGCAGCUAACCGCCAGACCUUCAUUUCAUCUGUGAUUGCGUUUUUGAGGAAAUAUGAAUUUGAUGGGCUGGACAUUGACUGGGAGUAUCCAGCCAAUAGAGGAAGCCCUCCUCAAGAUCAACAACUGUUUUCUGUUUUCCUUAAUGAGAUGAGGGCUGCAUUUGAGGCUGAAGCCAAGCAGACAAACAGAGCUCGACUCCUGAUGUCUGCAGCUGUCUCCUCAGGUCGAGGCACCGUUGACACUGCCUAUCAGAUUCCUCAGCUUGGACAAGCACUGGAUAUGAUUAAUGUAAUGACCUAUGACAUGCAUGGCUCAUGGGACCCCUUCACAGGGGAAUGCAGUCCCCUCUACAGGGAUUCUUUUGAUAGCGGAGGCUACAUUUACUUCAAUGUGGACUAUGCCAUGAACUACUGGAAGAACAAUGGAGCUCCUGCAGAGAAACUACUAGUUGGGUUCCCCACCUAUGGAAACACUUUCACCCUCAGAAACCCUUCAAACCAUGGCAUUGGCGCUCCAAUUUCUGGGGCUGGGACAGCAGGAAAAUACACUCAGGAAGCAGGGGAACUUGCUUAUUUUGAGAUUUGUUCCUUCCUGAAAGACGGUGCGACAGAAGUGUGGAAUGCCCAACAAGACGUGCCUUAUGCUUAUAGCGGGAAUCAGUGGGUUGGCUAUGACAAUACUAAGAGCUUUCAGCUCAAGGCACAGUGGCUGGUGAAGAGCAACUUUGGUGGUGCUAUGGUGUGGACCAUUGACAUGGAUGACUUUUUGGGCACCUUCUGUAAUCAGGGCAAAUAUCCCCUGAUCAAUGUGCUUCACAAGGCAUUAAAUUUGGACCAACAAUCCUGCAAGCCUCCUGCAACCCCACUGCCGCCAAUAGCAGGACUGACCAGUACUACCCCCAGUCCACAAACCACUAGGGGGGGUGGUUCCAGUGGGGGAAGCUCCAGUCGGGGGGGCUCUGGUGAUACAAGUGGCAUGAACAGCUCAUUCUGUGUUUCCAAAGCCAAUGGAUUUUACCCAUUCGCUGCCAACAGCAACAAGUUUUAUGAGUGCAGUGAUGGAAAAACAUAUUUUCAGAAUUGUGCAUCUGGGCUGGUAUUUGACACAAGCUGCUCAUGCUGCAACUGGAGUUAACUACUUUGACGUUAAAUUGCUGACCAGCUGCUCAAGAGCAGCACUACUCAGCUGCUUUGAUUUCCCUUCCCUAAAUACUAUAUUACUAAAAGGAAAAGUGACCUACUGAUUAGCAGUUCACUUCCUUUGUAUGCCAUAUUGUUUGAU